ACGGGCAUGGCGGAGGCGUCUACGGAAACAGGGUCUCCAGAGAGUAAAACGUAUCUUAAAAGCAUUUUAACCAUUUUUGAAAAAAGUAAAGAUUAUGAUUUAAUAAAGCAGUAUUUAGAAGACUGUAUAGGCUCAAACCAGCCUUCUGAGGAUGAGAAGAAACGAUCUGCGGACAGUUGGCUAUACUGGGCCAGACAACAGACCAUGUUGAAGGUUGUGUCAGCUGAAAUACCAGAAGGUAUUCUACCACAGGGCCUCAGAGGCAGAAUACUGGACGCCAAGGUCUUUGCUAAAGGACGUCCAGACGACCCAAUUUACGACAACCACCCAGAGAUCAGGGCAAAGGUGGCAAGAGGCAAUUGUUUUCUUGAGAUAGAAAAUGGAGCUGAUAAAAGUGCCACCUGCUGGAUUUAUGCCCUGAAAAAGUUUACAGGAGGAUUGGGAGACGAUGAUGACACAGACAGGGAAGAUGAUGUUACAUGGAGGAGGUAUUUCUUAAAGCCUUUGGAGGAAGCCAAAUGGGUAGUUUGUACGAGAAAGGCCAAUGGAGAGGCAGGUCACUUCAGUUGUAGAAAACUGGCUGGACAUUACAUGUUAUGUGCAGGGUCAAAGAAUGUCCACAUGGUUUUCAGGACAAGAGAUGAUAUUAAUAAAUACCAAGAUGGCAGGUUUCUGGUGGCGAAGGAGGUGUCUCUGGCAGUCAUGACGCUACUGGAAGAGAUGACAGAGGAAGAAAAAAUCAGGUAUAAAUUGGAAAAUAGUGCUCUCAGUAUGUGGAAUUAGGUGUCAGAGAGUACCCCAAGUUUACUGGAAAAUAUCGUCAGAAUGAUGUCAUCAUGUCUAUAGCAUUUGUACUGAAAGUUAACUUACCAAAGUUUCCUGUAGAAGUCCUUUAGGACUGUAUGGGACUCAAAAGGAAUCUUAUAGGACUAUCAGAUGUUCUACAGGACUCUUUGGGACUCGAGAGGAAUUUUAUAGGACUAUCUGAUGACAUGUAGAUGUCAUAUAGGACUCAAGAGGAAUCUUAUAGGACUCUCGGGUGUCCUAUAGGAUUUUACUCUAGGACAUACCAGUAUGCCCUAUAGGAUAUUAGAGGGAAGUUCUGUAAGGGUUACUAGUUGAUAGUAAACUGACAUUUGGAAUGCUUAAAAUCUGUUCAGACUUGGCAUUUUUCAUGCUUCUGUUCUCAUAUUUCUCUCGGGCAGUUUAUUAUAAUGCUGAACUAAACAGAGUUCAUUCCCAGUGAGCUUAAGGUGGCGGGAACAGGGGUAGCAGUGUUGUUGUCUAGGUAGGGUUGAGGAUGGAGUACUGUAAUUGAUUUCAACAUGUUUACAGUGACCACCAUGAAAAAUAGAAUGUUGGUUUGAGUGAUGAAUCUUUUUAUGUACAGACACAGAUGUGUCUGUACAUAUAGCCA